GUACAUUUCUAUUGAUCCGAGAUAUAGAAAUCGAGAAAUCUCCGGAACGAAUUUAGACUUUUUUAGCCUUCUCUAUUUCAAUUAAAAUUGAUCAUUUUGAAAUAUGUCUGAGCGAGGCAUUUAUUUUGCAAGUGGACCACUUACAAGCGUUGAAUUCAGAUUGAUCCUUGAAUACAGUGAACCAGGAGUCGAUGUACUACAAUCACUCGAUAAUUUUACCGAAAAUAUCGUUGAACAGCCCGUUCCUGCACUGUCUACUAUUCUGGUAGAAGAGUGCACUUUCAGGUGGCAACAAAAACUUCAUUUCGGAAGGGAUAAAUUUACUACCGUGCUACAGUCACAAAUCGAAGGUUAUCACAAACAAGAAAGUAUUAAUCAGGGUGUGGCAGCAACGAGAGUUAAAGAAGGAAGUAGAGUGUUUACUCUUGUUGAUGGUGAAGAACCUACCAGAAUCAGAAAGGCAACUAUUAAGCUGAAUAGUCCCCCAAGAGAAAAUAGUUUAGCAGAAAGAAUUGCUACGUCCAGGAAUAGAAGAGUAGAGCCCGCAAUGAUGUCAUAUCGAAAACCAGUAAUUGAUUUACCACGUGAGGAACAUCAAAUGAAAACGCGAAGUGUACAGCAUAACAAGCAGAUGAUGUACAUUAUGGCCUAUUUGGGCCCAAUCCAGGAUAACAUGCAAGUAUAUGAUGAAAGUAACCAGUAUGUUUUAUGCAAAAUGACAGCAAUUAAUGGGACAAAUAUUAUCAUAGAACCAGACCUAUUCUCCAUGAGUAACACCAUUGAAAGUCGUUAUGGUAUUUACAAAGCGCACUUAUCCAUUGUCAACAAUGAAAAAUUUGAUCGUAUUGAUGACGUCAGCACAGAUCAGUUAUGGUUUGAAAAAGAAGCAAGUAGCACAGUGAGCGACUUUCCAUCCGAAAAAACUACAAAACUUGUUUAUCUUAUCGAUAUUGAAAGAGCGGUGAACUUUCCCUACGACGGUAUAUGUAUUGAGUAUAAAGUCGACCUCCCCUUGCAGUGUGCACUAAUUGAUUUAUCUUCAGUGCACAGAUGGUCAACAAUUAUUGAUUCAAGUCCACAAGGAAAGGAUGAUGUAGCCAUAUUUUCACAGCCAGUUUGUGUCACAUUGACUAUCAAUGAGGAGAGGCAAUUUUUCGAAAAUUUUCAUUGGCCCAGAAUGAUUUUCCGACUAUGCGGAGAAGAUUACUGGGGACGCUUCUUCGUAAAUGGCUUUGGUCAAUUAACGCUGCCUCCUCGUCCCGGAAGGUAUCAAUUUGACAUCAAAUGUUGGCGAUAUCAGCGCAAACACGACAGGAAAAGCAUGUUGUUCGAAAACUUCAUCUCCGAAAUGGCCGAUUUCGAGCAAGCAGAAUUAAAUUUAGCGAGUGAAUCUACGAUGUGCAAAGAAGGUCCAAUAGCAUCUAGCAUAGGACUUGAUAAAACAAGUUCUGGAACUCUUAAAAUUAAUGUACAAUGUAUCAUGCAAAGUCGAAAAUUCAUAUCUCACGAAUUCUUUUACAAAAUGAAGUAUGCCACCUUGAUGCAUCAUGAUGGAAUGCAAUCACGAAUUCACUGGAAUAUCCUUAAAGUACUAUCAAAGUUUGAGGAAGCGAGGAGAAAUCUUCUCAAGAUUCGGAAUCAGUCCCUACCUACUGUAAAAUUUCGUGGCUUAUUCUUACUUGAAUAAUAAAAUCGUAAUCUGAAG